ACUUUCGUUCGUUCGUUGAUGUGCAAGAUGGAAAUGUGUGUUUCGUCGCAAACUUUUAUUUUAAAUUGAUCAAAAGUAUAUUUAAUUGAUUUCACUGGUGAUUGACAAUUUGUUUUUUCCUAUUCUAUAACGAGAUAAAUGUUUUAAACAAACAAAUCUAGCAUAAGAGACCGUCGAACAAAAUGUUUUUGUGUGCUAAGUUUCAUAAUGGCGGCCCGUCGCGUCCCCCGCGCCUCCAUUUCGAUGACAGUCAAAUUAUGACAAUGCCGAUACGUAAAGUUUAGAAAAUGUUGUGUAUUUGUAAAUAAUUUAGUGAAAGUUUAAUAAUUACGGUUAGAAAAGGACUAAAUAUGAAUCAAGAACACCACAAUAUGAACACGGGUGGUGGCCAGCCUCCGGGAAGUUCUGAGUCACAGGCACAAAGAGUUCAGGCGUCACAGCAGCAACAGCAAAAUAACUUGCCUGCCACGACAUCCGCCACUGAUUUACGAGUGAACUCAGCUGCAGUGAACGUCGCUUUGUCUAGUGUCGCGAAAUAUUGGGUGUUUACAAAUUUAUUCCCCGGACCUAUCCCGCAAGUGUCUGUGUAUGGAUUACCAGCCGGUGCCAGGAUUGAAAAUGGGAAACCUGUCCAAGAUCUUGGUCAAGCUCAUGCAAGUAUAUUGAAUGGAGAUCCAAAUAUUAUUCUGGGCCACCAUGCCGGCCAGUCACAAGUCACAGUAUCUGCCCCCGGUGGCCAGCAGAUACCUGUGUCACAAAUCAUUGCCACACAAUCUGGACAGACCCAUGAAGCACUUGUGGCCCAUAGUCAGCAAGCCGAGCUUGCAGCGGCCCAGGGCUCCGGCAACAACGCUCAAGUGUCAGUUAGUGCUGGCCAGGCCACUCAUCAGCAGGUACCCAAUAACCGGGUCGAGUUUGUACAACACCAUAACAUUGAUAUGGGCCACCAUUCACAACAACACAUAAUGCAGCAGCAACUGAUGGCUACGGCCAGGCCUGAACACAGCAACCAACAGAUUCAACUAACGGUUAGCGAAGACGGCAUAGUGACGGUGGUCGAACCAGCAGGAACCAAGAUGGUGGACAAGGAAGAAUUGCAUGAAGCCAUCAAGAUGCCAAACGAUCAUACACUGACAGUGCACCAGCUUCAACAAAUAGUGGGACAACAGGUAAUAGACAGCGUAGUUCGCAUAGAACAAGCGACGGGUGAGCCGGCGAAUAUUCUAGUGACCCACAACCCUGACGGCACUACGUCUAUAGAAGCUAGUGCAGCCGACCCUCUCAUUGUGAAGGAUGAGAAUAAAGCAAACAAGAUUGAAACCGCACAGUUCGCGAUACCUGCUGAAAUAAAGGAUAUUAAGGGGAUAGAUUUAAAGAGUGUAGGCGCCAUGGGAAUGGAAGGUGCAGUAGUGAAGAUAUCAGCCGGGGCUUCCGAACACGAUCUCCAUGCGAUGUACAAAGUUAACGUAGAGGAUCUCUCACAGUUGCUAGCCUACCAUGAAGUCUUUGGGAAACUUAAUUCGGAAGGCCAGCAACAACAAGCAAAGGUUAUUAACGAAGUGGAAGUCGAAGUCGAAGCCGGCACCAGCGCAGCUAUGUCAGAAGCGGAGUCCUCGCCCGGCCACCACUCGUGCGAUAUCUGCGGGAAAAUAUUCCAGUUCCGAUACCAACUUAUCGUUCAUAGGCGUUACCACGGUGAAAGUAAACCAUUCACGUGUCAAGUUUGCGGUUCCGCAUUUGCUAAUCCUGUCGAAUUAUCGAGGCAUGGGAAAUGUCAUCUUGCUGGAGACCCGAACGAAAGACACGCGAAGAGGAUGGCUACAGAUAAGCCUUAUGCCUGCACAACUUGCCACAAAACAUUCUCCCGUAAAGAACAUUUGGACAAUCAUGUUCGAAGUCACACUGGAGAAACUCCUUACAGGUGCGAAUUUUGCGCGAAGACUUUCACCCGCAAAGAGCAUAUGGUGAACCAUGUGAGGAAACAUACGGGUGAAACUCCGCACAGAUGUGAUAUAUGCAAGAAAAGCUUUACAAGGAAAGAACACUUUAUGAACCAUGUUAUGUGGCACACAGGUGAAACGCCGCACCAUUGUACAAUUUGCGGCAAGAAGUAUACUAGGAAGGAGCAUUUAGUGAACCAUAUGCGAUCUCACACAAACGAUACGCCCUUCCGAUGUGAACUGUGCGGCAAGUCUUUUACAAGAAAGGAGCACUUCACCAAUCACAUACUGUGGCAUACGGGAGAAACUCCACACCGCUGCGACUUUUGUUCGAAGACGUUUACUCGUAAAGAGCACCUGUUGAACCACGUUCGUCAGCAUACGGGCGAAUCCCCUCACCGUUGUAACUUCUGCAGCAAAUCCUUCACGCGCCGAGAGCAUCUCGUCAAUCACGUGCGACAACAUACAGGAGAAACGCCCUUCCAGUGCGGAUACUGUCCUAAAGCGUUUACAAGGAAGGACCACCUCGUGAACCACGUACGUCAACACACUGGCGAAUCUCCGCAUAAGUGCUCGUUUUGCACAAAAUCGUUCACCCGCAAGGAACACUUGACGAACCAUGUGCGACAACACACGGGCGAGUCGCCGCACCGCUGUACUUACUGCGCCAAGUCUUUCACUAGGAAAGAACAUCUUACCAACCAUAUCAGACAGCACACGGGAGAAACGCCACACAAGUGCACGUUCUGUCCGCGAGCCUUCGCGCGCAAGGAGCAUCUCAACAACCACAUCCGCCAGCACACCGGCGUCACGCCGCAUGCCUGCUCCUACUGCAGCAAGAGCUUCACCAGGAAAGAGCAUCUCGUCAACCACACACGGCAACACACGGGCGAGACUCCGUUCAAGUGUACGUACUGUUCAAAGUCGUUCUCUCGUAAGGAGCAUCUAACGAACCAUGUACACCUGCACACCGGCGAGACGCCGCACAAGUGUCCCUUCUGUACCAAGACCUUCUCUAGGAAAGAGCAUCUCACCAACCAUGUCAGAAUUCACACGGGCGAGUCCCCACACCGCUGCGACUUCUGCCAGAAGACGUUCACGCGUAAGGAACACUUGACGAACCACUUGAAGCAGCACACGGGAGACACGGCGCAUGUCUGCAAGGUCUGCUCCAAGCACUUCACCAGGAAAGAACAUCUUGUUACGCAUAUGAGGUCACACAGUUGUGGUGAGCGUCCAUACAGUUGCGGCGAGUGCGGCAAGUCUUUCCCGUUGAAGGGCAACCUCUUAUUCCACGAACGAUCACACAACAAGAACAAUGCAAAUGCAAACAAGCCUUAUCGAUGUGAAAUUUGCUCUAAGGAGUUCCUCUGUAAAGGUCAUUUGGUAUCACAUCGGCGGACACAUGCUGAUUGGACGGACAACGCUCCGGCUAGUGAAACUCCGGCUGACACAGAAGAGUGCUCCGACGCCACUAAGUGUAUCAAAGUUGAACCUGAUAGGACAGAAAGGAAACAUGAAGUUAGGACUAGUGUAGAAACGAGACCGGCUGAGAACAAUGUCGCACAAACGCAACAAAACACUGCUACUGUGAUGAUAACCAAUAAUCAACAAGUCCGCGCGGCCAGCGUGGGCACGGUGGGCGCGGGCGGCGCCUUCAGCCUGCCCGCGCAGCACCACGCCGCCGCCGGCCUCGCGCACCACCCCGUCACCGUCAACUACUAGCACGCCGCCCUCGCACUGCCCGCGCUCGACGCGCCGCACUGCCUCGCACACGUAGCGCGGCCGGCGCCCGUCCCCAGCCACAGCUCACGUUAAACUGUACCAACAAAACACUACGCCGCAUGCCAAACCCAGCAGGCCGAUUUCAAAAGGGUAAAAUAAAAGCCGAGCAUAUGCGUAUGAAUCUGUCCGCUGAAUCUGCUUGACAACUUACCAGUCGCCUGCCUGGCACGUUUUUCAUUCCGCCUGCAUGAGUAUGAUUAGGUAAUGGUAUUUGACGUGUACUGUACAAAGGACAGUGAGAGCCCCAACUUCGAGUGUCAAAUGAACUUGUUGACGACUUCCAAAUUGACAUUACGUGAUAUUGAGUUUGGUUGAUUUUUAACCGCAACUGUGUAGUUAUUUUGGUGCAUAAUCAUUAGCCAUUAUAACGUCUAUAGUGAUAAGAGAGACUUUCAAAUACAAAAGAGUUUAGACUUGAGUAUUAUAUUUAUGUCCAACGCAAAAACAUAUAUAUAGAAAAUAUAUAUUUUGUAUAUUAUAGAACUAGAGCCAUGUAAAAAUAAUGUUAUGUUAUAUUCAUACUUCACAGUUACUAAUUAUAUAUACAGCCAUGUUUAAAUAGAUUUUGAAGUAUUUUUGAAUCCCACUUGUUAUUUAAAUCAAUGUAGUGCAACAUAGUAUACUUAUUUUAAUGUUUUAUUAAAUUUUCAUACUUAAUCUUAGGCAAAUACAUUUUUCAGUCAAUAAUUUUAAUAUCACAACUGGUACGCAUCUUAAUUAAUUUUAAUUUGUUAGAUUUUAGUGGUUACCAGAUCCAUAUUUGAUUUAAUGGAAAGGCACAUAAUAGAUACUAGCUUCCUUUGAAUAAUUAUGCCUAUUACGUCAUGAGUUUUCAAAAUCGUAAUUAACUUACAAGUUAUGAAAAUAGUUACAUUCCUAUUUGAUUGAUCAUACCAAAAGCUAUGGAAUAUUAUGUGCAGGAAACAUACUUAACAUACUCGUGAUGUUCUAUUCAGUUCAUUACCUAAAGUAGCAGCUCUUAGUUACUUCCCCAGGUGGGGUUUUUAUGCAUCAUGUGUAAUAAUGUUUAUAAAUAAUUAUUAAAGUUGGUUACUCGAAUUACGAAUCAGGGACCAGAGAUCGAGGCGAGAGUAUAAAUUACAGUAAAUGCUAACCCUCUUGCAGCUUCCCAAGUUUUUAUAUGCACUUUUGUUUAUAUGAACUGACUAAUCAUGAUAACUUAUUAUUUUGCAGGCAAUGAUUUGCAAUGGAUAUGGCCAAUAUGAAAAUAUUAAAUGUGUCCAGCUUAGGUAAUAAUUAUUCUUUGCCAUGUUGUACAGUACAAGUGUGAUAAAUCUGUUAUAACGUUUUUUUAUAAGAAUGUGUAUAGAAGUAAUAUGGUGAUUGUAUCGCUUAGCUUAGUGCAACUACGGGCACGCGAAGUGGUGUUAUAAUCACUUCCGUGGUUAUUGUAAACACGCCGCUUGUAAUAAAUAUUAUAAUAUAGCCUGUAUUUACCUGUAAAUAGUUAGCUCUAAUUACAUAGAUGUAUUUGGUAGCAAAGUUAAGACUAAUAAAUAUCAUUUAUGUUAAUAUUUGGCUGGAUUGAUAACUGUUAUCUUAUGGAAAGCUGGGAAUAUACGAUUCAGAAUCGUAUGUUGUAGAAAGAGUUUCAUUAUAAGGUGCGAUGAAUCAUUGAGAUAAUUUAUAUCAACGCCAAAGAGUAACUUAUCUUCAAUGGUGCCACGCUAAUUUAUAUUUUAUAGGAAAUUUAAAUCCUUAGACACAUUAGUAUGUACUAAAAUCUAAAUUAUGUUCAGUAAUUUGAUAUGAAUGAGAUUAAAAAAUGAAACUAA